AUAUAAACAAAGAAUUUCUAAAAUUUUUAAAUAUAAUAAACAUUGCUAAUUAUAAGGAAUAAUAAAAAUGGAGGAGCAAAGUAUUUUAACAUCAAAAUCAUAUAAACGUGCAGAAACAAAUUUGAAAGAUAAAUUAAAAUUAGCAUUUUUAAAACGUUAUCCUCAUUAUUUAGUACCUGGAUAUAAUUUACAUACUAAUUUUUUUGUAGAUGAUUCUGAUUUAGAAAAUGUUAUAGAACAAUAUCAAGAAUAUCCUUAUCAUUGUGAUUUACCAAAACCUUUAUUGCCACCUGCCAAAUUACCUCGAAAUGUAUUGAAUGAAGAAGAUCCUACAUUAGAAUUAGUCAUUCUUAAGAAUUAUAUGAAUAAGGAUAUAGAAAGAAUGAAACAUUAUUAUUUGAAACACGAAAAAGAUUUAAAAUUGAUAUACAAGAAAGAUAUAAAAUGGAAUCAUAUGAAAGAUGUAAUUACUGCUAAAAUACCUAAAUAUAUUGCAGAUUUAGCACAAAUUAUUGAUAAAGAUCCAGAUCCUUAUUUUAAAGGAGCUUAUAAUUGGUAUUACACUGGUGGAUCUAUGAACCAUGUAAAUUUACAUAAUAAGGACAUUUUACUUUUUCCAUUUAUGGGAGAAUUAGUAAGUACACCUCUUGAUAAUAUAGAAGAGUUUUUAUGGAAACCUUUAUUGGAAAAAGCAGCUAAAUGUGAACUCGGUGGUUCAUUGUAUGAAUUAAAACAUAAUGUUAAUGUUGAUAUUUGUAUGAUUUUAGGUAGAUAUAAACAGCAUUGUAAUUUUUAUAUAUUAUCUGAACGUGAUAAUAAAUGUAAUCUUACAGAAGUACAUACACAAAUAUCAAAAAUACCUUAUAUUAGUGCAGAUUUAAAUCCUCUUAAUGCGAAUCAAUAUUGUUUAGUUGAUGUUGAUAGAUGUGUGACAUUAUGGGAUAUGACUAAAAUGAAAUCAACAAACUCUAGUACUAUAUUGAACACUACUUUAUUAGAUGAUUCAUGGAGUAGUAUAAAAUUUCAAUCUAUAGAUCCUAAUGUUCUUUUAUUUAUAGAUCGAUGCUGCCUACAUUAUCUUGAUAUUCGCGUUCCAUUUGAUCGACCAACAUUAACAAUAUGUCCAAAAUUGUAUUUAGAAAAAUGUGAAUAUCUUUCAUUAGAUUGUGCUAGUAAAAAUAAUUUUUGUAGAUAUAUAGGAACUUAUCAUAGUGUUUUAAUGUGUGAUAAUCGUUCUCCACAAAAAAGUGUUCAACAAAAAUGGAUUCAUCAAUUUAAAGGUCCACCACUUAUUGGUUCUGUAAUAAAUAGAGAAGAUAAAGAAUUUGUUGUUUUAUCUAGUCAAAUUGCUGGUGAAACUACAAUUAUUGUAAAUACUUGGACAACUAAUGAAAUUUCACAUUCAUAUAAUUAUCCAUAUACUCCUCCUCAUAUUAAAGAGACAUUAAAUGAAUCUCAAAUACAAGGAAUGUGUUUAAAUCCAUAUUUGAGAGAUAGAUUUGAAUUAUCAAAUACUGGUUCUUUUAUUAUUAAAGAUAUUAAUCAGAAUAUAUUUUUAUUUCUUCAAAAUUCUAUUGGAGAUAUAUAUUAUCAAUGCUUAACACAUGAUACUGCAUUAGACAAAUAUUCAUUUAUUAAUGGUAAAUCAUGCUGUUUAUUAAAUGCUUGGGAAAAUGCAGUAUCUGCACAAAUAGAUACUAUAGUACCUCUUACAAUAUCUAAUAAGUUAAAUGUGGAACAUUUUUUUAAGAGUUUUACAAAUAAAAAAUUACAAUUGAAAAAUCAUAAACGUAAUUCAAUUAAUUGUUUUGAACCAAGUUGGAAACAAUCCUUUGAGAAAUUAAAUACUUAUAUGGAUAUAUUGGCACCUGAACUUUUAGCUAUGUGGGAAAUAUGUGAGGAAGUUCCAUUACCUUUAACAACAGCACCUCAUCAAAAAGUUUUAAGUUGGUUAGAAUCUGCAGAUCCAAAAGCACCAAUUUUAUCACAAGAAGAAAUGGAGAAUAUAUCAAUGCCAAAUACACAAGAAUUAAUAAGUGUAUCUCAAGAAAUAACUUAUUUGGAUGACAGUAAUACAUUACAAGAUCUUUUACCAAAAGUUAAAACUACACAUUCAAAAAAAGGAAAUAUACGAAAAAAACGGAAGGUAUGAAUACUUAAAGAAUUUAAUAAUUGUAUAUAUAAUAAAGAUAAAAUUAUAUUUUCUUAAUAAAAUAAUAAAAUUAAAUAUUUCGACAUAUGAAUUACUUGUUUAUUUAUUUAUAGCAAAAAUUAUACAAUAAUUACACAAUAUGUAUCGACAAAAUGAACGAAUAUGUUAAUGAUAAUUUACAAAUUUUUGUAUUUUACAACAUUGCAUUUUUUUUAAUGAUUUAGCGAUUCCAAUGAAAUGUUGGUUUCCAUUUUGAUGUAAGUACCUUACUACUUUCUUGCUGUGCUUUAUUUUCCUCUUCUUCUAUUUGCAUC